AACAUCAGCUUACUUUUAUUUAAUACUUUCCAAUCUCACGUAGUAUUUUUAACACAAUAUUUAUACAUAUAAGUAUUUAUCUCUAUUUACACAAUAUUUUCCAAAUUGUCAACUAAUGUUUUACCUCUAACUAAGUGCAUUUAAUACUCCGCAAAAGUGCAUUUAACAAUUUCAAAUUUCAAUAGCUGACAAUGGCAAGCGCUUUAAGCAUUCUGCUGACUAUUGUAUUGCAUUUGCUCGGAGGCACUUCGAUAUUUGUGCAUCAGAUGGGCGAGAUCUGCACAGAAGCACCUUUGCUGGCCAGUCUCUUGGUUUACCUCUCGCUGAUGAGUAUUUUCUACGACAUUCAAUUGAUACCGCCUCACUGGAGUCAUAUGCCAGGAUUCCUCAAGCUGCUCAUCGAGUUCUGUCUGAUUGUGCUGCUGACCGAAGUUGGAAUGGUGUUGCUUUGGGGAAAUGUGGAACUAUUCACAGAAGAUCUGCUGAAGAGCGUGUGCAAAAGUGAGUCUGCAGUACGCAUAUAUCUGGCUGUUUUGCUCACAUUUCUGAGUGGAAGCAUUUUUUUAUUAGUAUCUUUCAAGACGAAUAGCUCGAAGAAACUCAAAGAACUCUUUGAACAAGUUUCAUUAAAAUUGAAUGCAAUAAAGCAGCCAACAACAGAGAAACAAAAAUUCCCAGAAAUUCCAACAAACUAUAAUUAAAUAUAAUAAAUAAAUAUAGUCUGCAAUAUACAUUUUAACGUU